AUGCACAUCUCUACUUAUGAAUUCAGCCCAGUUCCUGGCCCCACACAGACAAACGCACUCAAUGUUCCUGGCCAGAAGAAGGAGGCUAGAAAACCAGGGGGCCUGGGCCAGCAGGAGGGGUUCGACAAAACAGUCUCUACCAUCCUGCCAGGCCGAAAUCUAUCAUCCCGUGCAAUCACCACAAAGGGGAUCCAGAGUGUUGGGGUGCACCUACCUUCGCCCCGGGCAGAUCGAGGCGGUGGGGGCAGGGGUGCGCACCCGCCAGCUGACUUCCAGGGGGUGUCUGGCCGUCAGCCGAGCGAGGCUGGUGCUGCGGGGCCCCAUCCAAACCAGAAACACUGGGGGGACGAGCAGUCACCCCGGCCCCGAGGGCCGGUGGGUGGCCCCCACUGGAGGUCUCUGAGCGAAGCCCAGGAGCCCUUGUGUGGGUCGCUGCCUUGGGCGAUGCCUUUCAAGGCAAAGCCCUGGGCGCCGGGGCCCCUCCGGCUCCGAAAUGCCGGGGCAACAGGAACUCGCUCAGUGGGAGAGCUAGGACUUGAACCCAGAGGCCCGGGACCAGAAGCCCCUCAGGAGCCCUCACCCCGGACUUCCCAGGACCAGGAAGGCAACCAAAGGACGAGGGGAGGGAGGGGAAGGAGGAGAAGGCAGGUGGAGGCUUCGCGCAGGCGCAGAGCCCCGAGCGGCCGACUGAGCCGAGGGGGCGGCGGCCACGGAAACCGACCGGGGGGUGGGGCUUGGGCACCACUGCGGCCGCCGAUUGGGCGAGGCCGCCCGGCGCUGCCCAUUGGAGUAGAGGAGGGCCCGGCCCCCCAAUCCAGGGAGACCCGGCGCGGGCGCCUCCCCCGCACGCCCCGCGCUCCGGCUCCCACCGCUCCCUUCCGGCGGCCGGCCCCCACGACGCGGCCCGGCCCAGCCUCCCCCGGCCCCGGCCCCGGCUCCCCCCCGCCGUCCGGUCAAAGGGUGCGGGGGAGCCCGGCCGGCCCCGCCCCCACCCCCGCUGUGGCGCACGCCGCCCCCCGCCCAGAUGUUGAGGCCCCUCCCCAAAUGUGUCCCCCCCCCCCCACCGCCGGGCCCAGAUGUUUGCCCCUCGCCUCCCCCCCACCUCCCCGGCUCCUAGCCCGGCUCCCUCCCCGGCGUUACUCACCGCCCGAGCGCCGCCCGCUCCCCCUCGGGAGGAGGACGGGGCCGGGGUCGGAGGCCCGGCUGCCCCGCGGCUCCGAGCGGGGCACGCGCUGCCCGCGCACCGCCCGCUCCCUCCGCCGCCGCCGGCAGAGAAAGGAGUCCCAGCUGCGGGCCCGGCUCCCGCCCCCUCCCCCCGCGCGCGCGCCCGGCGCCCUCCCCUCCCGCCCCGCGCGCGCCCGACGGGCCGCCCUCCCUCGCGCGUGCGCGCCCCCUGCAUACGCCUCCUCGGCCCCGGACGUGGAGGGAGGGGGGGUGUCGGCGCGCGCGCCCCCGGGCUUGGCCGUGAGGGCCGGCGCGCGCGCUCCCGGGGCCUCGACGUCGCGCGCGCGUCGCCCCCCCUCCCUUCACCACCCCCCACCCUCGGGGCUGCGGCCGUCGCUCGGCCCCCGGCCCGGCCUCGGCCCUCGGGCCCGGGCCUCCGCGCUCACCUCCGCCUCCGGAGCGGCCGCAGGGCCGGAGAGGCAUGGGCCGGGCGGCGCUCCGUGUCCCGGGGCUGGCGCCUCGCCUCGCCUCGCCGUGCGCGGCCGCUCACCUCAUAGCCCCGGCCCGGACCCACCCGGGGCGGCGGCGGCGGCGGCGGCGGAGGGGCACGGAAAGGAGUCCCGGAGCCCGGCCCGGCGCCCGCGGCGGAAGGAGAAAAGUUAUGUUUUAAAAACGAGCGCCGGCCUCGCUGUCCCCACACGCCGACCUCGCGGCGGAGGGAUCCUGGAGAAGUUCACACACGGCCGAGGUGGGGGGGUGCGGAGCGAGGGAUCCCUCCGCCCUGACGGCUGCCCUUUAAAUGGCGGGCGGAGAAACCGUGGCACCGCCCCCCCGCAGGGUGCCACACCCCCCCCCUCCCCUUCCAGCGAGUGCGCGCCGGGGACCGGAGGAGAGAGCCAUAGCGCCCCCUAG